AGAACAAGGACGGGUUAUCACCGCUACUAGCAGCAGUAUUUGUGAGAAGAGAUGCGGUUGUGGUAAAGCUAUUACUGAGGAAAGCUGAGAUUGAAGUUAACAUAAGGGACAAUCACGGAAGAACUCCAAUUUCAAGGUUGGCGAAUUAUACAUAUAAUACUGGUUACGAUAUGGCUAAGCUACUGCUCAAAGCACCAAGCAUCCAACUCGACUCAAAAGACCGCCACGGACGGACUCCUCUUUCAUGGGCAGCAGCAUCAGGAAAUAUCGAAAUGGUCAAGAGCCUACUUGGGGCAAGCAACGUGAAUGUCAACUCACAAGACAACAAUGGAAGGACUCCUCUCUCAUGGGCAGCAUCGUCAAAUUCGUACGACAUAGUUCAAGUGCUACUCCGAAUGCCAGACACGGAUGCAAACCUAAAAGACCACGACGGACGGACGCCGCUUUCAUGGGCAAUACGGUCAGCUGGGCAGGGAACUAUAGAGGCACUCAAGAGACAAACGGAUAGCAGACGCUUCAUGGCCCAGUAACAGAAUAUAUACCAUCACGACGCCAAGAUACUCUUUGGUCGCAUCAGUUCAAGAGCUGAGAAAAGAAAAAGAAAUAACCCAUUAAAGACAAAAAAGAAUCCAAGACAUUUUCCACCGUCC